AUGUGGGCUUUAUACAGUUGGUUUCGUCCUUUGUGCGUGGCUCUCUUUAACUCAUCAAUACCGUGGAAGUAUCGCUGGAGGCUUGCGCUACUUCAGCCCAUCUCACUCCUCACCUACUCUAUUGGCUCAUUCCCAUAUAUUUUCUCUCGACCUUUCUAUGUGGAGCACCUACCCAUAUUUCCAAAGCGUUCCGUCCGCGCUUUGGUCUUUAAGACACCUGGUACUGGAAAGGGUCGUAAGCUUCGGCCUCUUCAUAUUGAGAUACAUGGUGGAGCAUUCAUUGGUGGCCUCCCGGAGAGCAGUGCCCCGUUCGACGAGAGGGUUGCUGUCGAAACGGGUGCCGUGGUUGUGAGCCUUACUUACAGAUACGCACCAGAGCAUCCUUUCCCUGCUGGCAUUGAUGAUAUUGAUGCUACGAUUGGAUGGAUCAUAAAGAACUCCGAGUCUCGAUGGGGAGCAGACAGUACCCUCAUGACCAUCGGCGGGUUCUCAGCGGGUGGAAAUCUAGCCCUUGCAGCUACACAACAACCUGAACUGCAAGCUCCUUCGCCAACUGCCCUUAAAGCGAGCGUUACUUUUUAUGCCUCGAUUGAUCUCCGGAUUCCACCUUGGGAAAAGCCUAAACCAGCGAAGUUUCCCAAAACUGACCCUUUGGCGUUCUUGCUGCCGCUUUUCGAUUCUUAUCCGGGCCCCGUACGGGCCUCACACAUAGAAGACCCUCGAAUGAGCCCCGUCAUUGCCAGAGGAGAAACACUCCCGCCCCGGAUGCUUAUGGUGAUACCCGCAAUCGAUAUCUUAGUAGCAGAACAACAGGCGUUGGCUGAAAGGUUAAACGCUGAGCAACCUGGAAGGGUGGAAGUGUAUGCAGAGCCGGAGGGUUUUCAUGGCUACCUGGAAGUACCGGAUGCGGCAGUGACGAAAGAAGUCAAGGACAGAGCUUUCGAUAGGGCAAUCAAGUUCCUGAUUGACACGUACGGCAUGCAUGGAUGGACCUGGUAG